AUUUUAUCUUGCUUCUUGUGUGUGUUUUCUUUUAUUUAGCCUCCAGCUAUACGCAAAUACAAUACUCUAGUCCUUUUUGGUUGAAAGGACUCACUCUAUCUAUCCAUUGGUUUGCUAUUUCUUCAUCUCAACCACUGGUGGUUGCAUUGAAUCGGAGGGUGGGUGGGAAGACGUGUCUUCUUGUGUAGCUUUCCCUUUCCUCUCUUUUUCCCGGCGCAUGUGGCGGAUUAGACGCUCACUGCUUCCAUAAUUCAGCUUCUCCCAGGAACACUGUCUCCUCAUCUAAGAUUUCCUCUGCCUGGAGGGGUGGCCGACUGUGUCCAUCGCUUGGACUGUGUGAUUUCUGGCAUUCACCCAAGCCUGUGGAAGCUCUCUUGCGGAAAAGCAAAAAAAUAUUGGAUGGAAGAAGCGUUUGAAUUUCGAAGUUGGGCAGAAUUGAUUCCUGAUGCCCUAGGGGUAAUCUUCACCAAUCUUUCUCUUCAGGACAGGGUGACGGUGAUCCCCAGAGUGUGUAAAUCAUGGGCUAAUGCAGUAACUGGACCCUACUGCUGGCAAGAGAUAGACAUUAAGGAUUGGAGCAGCCGAUGUCAGCCCGACCAACUCGAUCGGCUACUUGAGAUGCUUAUCACAAGAAGUUGUGGAUCCCUCCGCAAACUCAGUGUUUCUGGUCUCCAAACUGAAAGCAUCUUCACUUUCAUUGCUGAAAAUGCCUGUUCCCUCCAGACUUUGCGGCUGCCAAGGAGCAGUAUGAGUGAUGCCAUUGUGGAACAGAUUGCUGGGAGGCUUUCUAUGAUUUCUUUCUUGGAUGUGAGCUACUGUAUUAAAAUCGGCCCCUAUGCACUUGAGAUGAUUGGCAAGAACUGCAAACUGCUAGAAGGGUUGUGUCGAAACAUGCAUCCGCUGGAUACUGCAGGCAAGCCUUAUCAGGAUGAUGAAGCAUAUGCAAUUUCCUCCACAAUGCCUAAGCUCAAACAUCUUGAAAUGGCCUAUCAUCUUAUCAGCACUUCAGGUGUCCUCCAAAUACUUGCAAACUGCCCAAAGCUUGAAUUUUUGGAUCAAAGGGGAUGUUGGGGUGUGACAUUGGACAACAUGUUCUUGAAGCAGAAAUUCCCAAAACUGAAGGUUUUGGGGCCUUUUGUUCUUGACACUUACGAGAGUGAUGGAUGGGAUGAUUUCUCAGAUGUGUCAGAUGCUUCUGAGUACUUGGCUUGGGACUUUGUGGCUGGUGGCAUGGGUGAAUACUAUGUUGAUGAUAGUGACAGUUAUGAUGGAAUGUGGGAUGAUGAAGGCAGGCUAGAUGAGCUUCAUUUUGGGUUUUAUGAAGGGAUAGAAGAUGCAGGAAUGUAUUGGCCUCCAUCUCCAUAAGCUAGCUGCUUUACUUGUGAUCAAUUGUAUGUUUUUUCUACUCUUGUAACUAAUGCUUCCUCCUACUUUACUUUUAUGUGGUGUCCUAUGAAUCAUGUGUUUUUCCUUCAGAAUUGAAGUAAGUUUGGCUUGCUUUGCCUAGCAUAUGCAUAACUGAGUGAUGUUGUUAUUGACCUACCUUAGAUUUCUUGUUUAAGUAGGCAAAGGAAAGGGAAGAAAAAGCUCCCUGUUUCCCAUGUUAGAGCUCUACAUGUAAUUGGAACAUCUGGUUUAACCAUAUUGUACCUUCCUGAA